AUGUCAAUCUCCCUCCAACAAUUCCUGCGAUACAUAAAAGCCUUCAAUGCAAAAGACUACCAUGUGCAACACCAAUUCUAUGACCCCGAAGUCCGGCUUGUCAUUCCUGAUCCUGCAAUCGGUACUCUUCAUGGCUCGAAAGGAAUUAUGAAACAUUACUCCGUCGUGCACGGGUCUGCCAAGGAAACCGUUGUCCCGAUGUUUGUCAUGAUAGACGGAGCGCGUGUAUUGUUCAGUAUGGAAACAUACUUCCUCUAUCUGGAGCCUACCGAAAAUGCUGUACACGGAUAUAAAGUACGGGCAGGUGACGUGAUCCGAGUCAAAGUCUGGGCCCUUUAUGAUAUGAAGGAUGGAAAAAUGCUGCAAAUCACUUGCAAUGGUCUGAGUGAUGAGAUGCUUGGACAGGUUGAUGUGGAAGCUUUGAUAGAGGAGAGCCUGAGUCGAGCGGAUGAGAAUGUGAGGGCAGAAUGGAAUUCAUUGUCUACGAAACUUUGA